AUGUUACCACAUGGUUAUCUUCCAUAUUACUUUUAUUGUUUAAUACUAUUAAUUUUAUUUCCUUCAAUAUUGGCUGUUAUUCGUAUGAGUGUACCUAAAUUAUUAUUACCCUAUCAUAAUCGUAUAGAAACAAAUUUUACAUUAGAAGCAACCGAUGGAUGUUUUCUAUGGUCUUCAUCUCGUCCAGAUUUGGUUCAUGUUGAUCAAUUAUAUUCAGUAACAAAAUAUGGUCAAAUAUGUAGUUCAAAAGCAAAUGUAAUAGCAAUAGCCAAACAAUCAAUUAGAAAUAGUGCCACAAUUUAUGCUAAAGAUGUAAUGACAAGUCAAACAGUUCGAUGUGAUGUAAUUAUUGAUAAAAUAUCAUCUCUAGAAAUUGUUUAUACAACAACACGUCUCUAUUUGGAAGAUGCACCUGAAUUAUUCAAAGUCUUAGCACAUGAUCAUGUUGGUUCAACAUUCUCAUCAAUUGAUCAUUUUCCAUUUGAAUGGAAAUUAUUGACAGAUAAUCAUCUAACAACAACCGGUAAUAACAAACAUAUUAUAUUCCUUAUAGCGAAUGGUCCAUAA